AUGUCGGAUAUGCUGGAGGCACCACCAGGCACAUUUUCGCAUACAGGAGGCCGUAGCACGGAUGUCUUUCUCACUGCGAUCCUUCUCCCCGUUUUCUCCAUCCCUUUUGUCGUGUUACGUCUUUGGACAAGUAAAUUCAUUGUCAGGAGAUGGCACCCAGAUGAUACUCUCGCCAUGAUCGCAACGGUAGGCAGGUGGGGUGGUGUCCCGCUUUACAAUUUGACCACGGUGUUUAUUAAGGCGAGCAUUCUUAUGUUCUACCAGCGGUUCACCGCAAACCGUGCUCUUAAUGUCACUAUACACGCCGUUCUCGCAGUAGUCAUAGCGUACAGCUUGGUGAACAUCAUCGCCACCUUUGCGCUAGAUUGCUCUGACCCAGAAGAGUGUAAUCGGCUCUUUGUGGCCUACAUCGUCUGUGCGGCGUUGAAUGUGGCGACCGACGUCGCAAUUCUGCUACUACCGUACUGGAUACUUCGUCCAUUACAAACAUCAACCGGCCGAAAGAUCGCUAUUGGCAUAGUGCUAUUGGGAGGCGGAUUGUAUGUAUUUCCAAACUCUGAGCAUACCAUGCUAUAUGCUAAUUCUGCUAGUGUCUCCGCCGUCAGCAUACUGCGGCCCGUGAUAACCAUUCAGACGGACAAGGAGCCGGAUACGACCUAUGCUUGGGGGAAUAGCGUCAAAUGGAGUCUCAUCGAGACAUGGUGUGGGCUUAUAUGUGCUUGUUUACCAUGCAUCAAGCCAGCCCUCGAUCGAUACUUUUCUCGUAUUUCAUCGUGCAAACUUUUCAAGAAGAGAGGGACCAGCGGAUAUGGAGAAGAAAUCGGGUCAGUUAGUACUGUAUGA